AUGACUAAGGCAACUAAAUUGAGGUUGAGGAAGUUGGUCGACACUGAUGAGGCGAUGAAUAAGUUCAUCGUUGAUUAUAAUAUUCCCCCCAAUGCCCAACCAAGGAAGGAUACCCAGGAGGCACCACAACCCGAUGCUCCUCCUCCACCGCCUCGACCCCUUACAAUCCAAACCCGGUCAUCCUCCACCAAGUCCCAGCCACAAUCCAACCGCCCCGAACCUCCCACCCCCUCCCAACCAGCUCGGUCCCCCAGACCUGAAGGUGCUGAUUCUAAGAGAAAGAGGAGUCCCAAGGGCAAGGACACCGCGGAUGAGGGAAAAUCCCAACCUUCAAAGGAGAAGGAUGAGGCUCCGCGUACAAAACAACUGAAGCUCGGGCCCCAAAGCAAGGGCAAAGGACCCGCAGUUCAAACCCCUCAAGGCAAGGGGAAAGGAAUUGAUUCCCAAUCCCUACCGAGCGCCUGGCUCCCUGCCCCAAUGCUUCACGGGGGUCCAUUACUGGAAACGGCCUCCCUGAGGGACCUCGGAGACGGCGAGGGUGAAUACGUGGCGGACGCAUUAGGGAGAACCAUAUUACUCCCUAAUGAUAUGGACGAGCUGAAGAGAAUGAGGAUGCAGGAGGUUUUUCUCAGCACCAAGAGAUACUUGUGCAUGCGAGCUGGAGUGGACGCUUCAUCAGAUUUGUGGAAGGCAGAGAGCGUUUUCUACCCGGCGGCCAUCCGUGACACCACUUCCACUAGCUCUGUGACCACGGAUGCUCAACCCGAGGAAGAGGUCACCCCGUCGGGAAACUUACAAGCCAGUGGUUCUACUAGCAAGGCGCCCAAAGAGGGAAUACUUCAAGAUGUGGUGGUAAUAUCGCAGCAUGCGGAUCCUGAGAUACCUACAGAAAUUACUGAACCCAAGGUGGGCGUUCAGGUAUCGAGUACAGAAGAACUAGCCGCUCCUGCACAGUUGCCACAGGCCAUUCCCCUUGCUGUGGUCACUCUCAGGACAAAGUUGAAAUUCUUUGACCAAAGAAGAAAGAAGGGUAUUGGGUUUGCAUCUUGGAUCCUGUUCCUUCAUCUCUUAAUCGUUCUGUUUGUUCAUGGAAUUGGAGCAAGGGAGUUGACCAAAACUCACCAAGAAGAGCUUAUAGAUCAUAAUCAUAUGAAUGGUGACGUUCCUAGCAUGGACAGUGAUAGCAAGGAACAUGAUGAUGUCCAUAUAAUAUUAUAUGAUUCCCAAAAACAACAUGUCAUGAAUGAUCAAUCUAAGCAAGAACAUGUGCAUACUCAUCAUUCAUCCCACAUGGAUCAUAUGGACACUUCCUCAAUGAUCUUCUUCACUGUGAAGGAUCUAAAGGUAGGAAAAAAAUUGCCCAUCUAUUUCCCUAAGAGAGAUCCUUCAACUUCUCCACAUUUGUUGCCAAGAGAAGAAGCUGACCCAAUUCCCUUCUCAUCAAAACAACUCCCAUACCUUCUUGAAUUCUUCUCUUUCUCUUCUGACUCUCCCCAAGCCAAAGCCAUGAAAGAUACACUCAAAGAAUGUGAGACUAAGCCCCUCAAAGGAGAGACCAAGUUCUGUGCAACUUCCUUAGAAUCCAUGCUUGAUUUUACAAGUGGCAUAAUGGGGUUGGAGUACUCUCCUUUCCAAGUUCUAAGUACCUCCCACCUCACUAAGUCAACCACCCUUUAUCAAAACUACACUUUCCUAAAGAUGCCUGAGGAAAUUCCAGCUCCCAAGAUGGUAGCAUGUCAUACCAUGCCUUAUCCUUAUACCAUUUUCUAUUGCCAUAGCCAACACAGUGAGAACAAGGUGUUUAAGGUAACACUUGGUGGUGAGAAUGGUGAUUUGGUGGAGGCUAUAGCUGUUUGUCACAUGGAUACCUCUCAAUGGAGCCCUGAUCAUGUGUCAUUUCGUGUGCUUGGGGUUCAGCCAGGGACCUCCAGCGUGUGCCAUUUCUUCCCAGCAGAUAAUUUUGUAUGGGUCCCGAAACCUGUGUCAAUUUAGUAGUCUAAUAGCAAAGUGAUGAUGUUUUAUCUGGUCCUGAUGCUACUGUGGCGCAUGAAUACAUGAGCCUAGUAUAGUGUUAAAUAAAUGCAGACCAGCGUUGUUUCUUGUGAUUGGGGUUUUAUAGUUUGUAGUUUAUCAAUGAAGAAAGUAGUUUUUCUGUGUAACA